AUGGUAUUAGCUCCAUUUUCGGGAGGUCAAUUGAAAUAUGGUGUGGAAAAAGGUCCUGAUUUUCUACUAAAGCAUGGCCUAGAAAAAGAUUUGGUCGAAUUAGGUUGGGAUGUCACCAUAACAGAACCAUUAAAGGGUAAAAAUUUAGCUGAUUCCAACGAUGCUGAUAGUGAAUUUCCAACUGUUAAAAAACCAACUUUGGUUGGUGAAACUACUCAUUUGAUUAAUCAAACUAUUACAGACUCCUUGAAGGAUGAUAAAUUCAUUUUGACUUUAGGUGGUGAUCAUUCAAUUGCCAUGGGCUCCAUUUCUGCAGUUUUGGAAAAAUAUGAUGACUUAUGUCUUUUAUGGAUUGAUGCUCAUGCAGAUAUCAAUACUGUUGAAUCAACAGAGUCAGGGAACUUGCACGGUUGUCCAGUUUCAUUCUUAAUGGGGGUAAAUCCACCAGAUAAAAUCCCAAAGUCAUUGAGUUGGAUCAAAGGUAAUUUAAAACCAAAUAGAAUCGCAUACAUCGGUUUAAGAGAUGUUGAUGAAGGUGAAAAAAAAAUCUUGAAGGAAAAUAAUAUUAAAGCCUUUUCGAUGUACCAUAUUGAUAGAUUUGGGAUUAAUAAAGUAAUUGAAAUGGCAUUGCAAGCCAUUAAUCCAACUGGUAAAUCUCCACUCAUGUGUUCUUUUGAUGUUGAUGCAAUUGAUCCAUUAUACGUGCCAGCUACUGGCACUCCUGUAAGAGGAGGCCUUACUUUAAGAGAGGGUCUGUUCUUGACUGAAAGAUUAGCUGAAACUGGAAAUUUAGUAGCUUUAGAUGUUGUAGAAUGCAAUCCAGAUUUGGCUCAAAAUGAAACUCAUGUUCUAGAUACUAUUUCAGCUGGCUGUGCUAUUGCAAGAUGUGCCUUAGGUGAAACAUUACUGUAA